AUGCCAUCAUCAAACAAUUCACAAUGGUUUGGCGAUAGUGAUGAACUCAUGAGUCGUUCCACCUUCUUUGGUUUAGCCUGUCAUCAUACUCGAAAGCUCGAUUCUGGUAUGGAAUUACAUACGGCGACUCUUACAUAUUCAAUACUUAAAUCUGCUCACUACGUGAAUGAUAUGACUGUUCUGUCAUUAUUUGCUGUUCGAUCCUCAUUUGAUCGGAUAUAUUCAUGGAUUUUAACAUUAACAAAUGGUUUCCAAAUAACAAAUACUACUGGAGCAGGUCUUCUUUCACUUGGUUGGCGCCAAUGUACAUUCAUGUGGGCAACAUUAUCCGCUAAUCAAUAUAUCGAAAGUAACUUUGCUAUUGAUUCGUCGAGCGAUUCAUAUGGAUCGAAACGAAUGGAUGUAGUUGUUUGGUGGCCAGAAGCCAGUACACAAACUGAAAAGUCCUCAAAAUGUUGUACUUGCUCAAGCAAACACACCUCAACAAGUAUGGCAAAAAAUUAG